AUGAACCCCAGGGGUAUCUGCUUCUUGGCCUUUGUCCUGUUCUUCAGUGUGGUCUCAGCCAAAAGCCGACUGCCCACAAGAACUAUCAAGGAUAUGGAGAAGAACAUUACUAAACCAGUAGACCCCAGUGAGGUGAAGCCCACUAAAGAUCUAGGUCACAAGAAGCCCAAACAAUUUGGCAGCCAAAAAGUCCCACAGUCACCAAGAGCCAGAAAGUCAAGACCCCGAGUGGAGGCCCAGACCCCUGCCAUCUUGAUCCAGGUAGUGGGGAAGGGACAAUUCCAGAAGAUGGGUGAUUCCCUGAGCGUGCGAGCAGGAAAUUCCCUGGAGCUUCGAUGCCGGGGGAAGUCUGUCCGAUGGAGGUUCCCAGUUUAUUUGGAAGAGGAAGGAGAGGGGCGACUCAGAAUCAAGCACUUUACCCAAUAUAGCCAACUGCUGGUGAUGAAUUCAACCAUUGGAGAUACAGGAGAAUAUAGCUGCUGGUCCCGGCAUUGCCAGAAUAGUGAGUGUCGGGAUGUUGAGGACCGCACGGGGAGAACCUUUGUCUUCUUUACAGAUCCAGAGGAGCUCUUCGUCCCCACUGAAGAUUACUACGAAGUGGUCCAGCUUCGGACCAACCAGCCAACUCUGCUGCCCUGCCAAGUGACCAGCCCUGAGGCCCGGGUGACGCUGCACCGGGAGUUCCCCCCUGAGGAGGUCUCUGUAGAUGGAGUGGAUAUCUCCUUUGAUGCAAAGAAGGGCUUCACUAUACAUAGGCCUCGAGCCUCAUUUGCUGGCUCCCUCUUCUGCAUGGCCAGCCUGGGGGGCAUCCGGCAGAUCUCUACUAAGUACAUCUUGAUUUAUAUCAACUACCCAUCAUCCUCUCCCAGACCCACCAUCAAAGCCUCAGCAACCUCUGUUUUCUUGGGAGAAAAUUUCAAUGUGACCUGCACUGCUCUGGGAGAACCUGAGAUCACUGUGGACUUCACUUGGGAGUAUCCAGGGCAGCUGGUGGGUCGGCCACCCUAUGUCAGUGAAUGCUCUACUGUGGUGCGCAGAGCUGGCCAGGUACAGCAAGAAUGGGAGAGUGUCUUCUACGUAGAGGAGGCCCGAGCCAAGGACCAAGGCAUCUAUACCUGCAGAGCCACAAACCUUCAAGGUACCUCGACAGCCAGCACCCGAAUUCGAAUUCUCCAGCCCUCACAGAUCCUGGUUUCAACAGACAAGGCUGGUGACCAUUAAACUCCCUCUUUCACUGAAUGGCCCUGACCUCAGGGCACCUGGAGAGUGAAAGAUAUAUACCAAUGUAGGCUGCCACAUUCAACUACUCCUGUAUUCAGAGGAUAGAUUGUCUUUCCUCCAGUAGUGUGGUCUCCAAUUUCUUUCCGCUAGGCUUGCUGUAGGUAAUCUUUAUUCUAGCCACUAGACCCAGGCUCCCAACCCCCAGCCCCUCCAAACACUGCCUCAGUCCCUAAGUCCCAGCCCCCAACCUCCUCGCCUAACUGGAACCAUCCAUUCCCCUCCCCCUCCAUUAGUGCUCCCAGGCUGGCAAAUAUCUAAUCCCCCCAAGGCCUCAAAAAAUCUUGUGGGAAUGAAGCUCAGGAGCUGAGCCCUCACCAUUCAACUUGACCCUGCAGUAGUUGUCCACCCUCAUUCUACUCCUGCCCACCCCAUCCCGAAGAUAAAGAUGGAGGCCAAAUAAAGAUGCU